CGUGAACGUGCCAGAACAUUGAGGCAUAUGCGCACUGUGUGGAGUUACCGACAACUUCAAUGGUCUGUUAUGAGACGAAUUUUGUUGUCCCAACAGACUUGCAUGAUCAUUGGGGUGGCUGAGCUGUAAGAGCCCUUUGUCAGUACCUAAAGAGGACUGCUACUAGCUAGAGAACUAGCACUAGCUGACCUUCAUACGAUGUUUCCAGCUAGCAGAUAUUCAAUUCAAGCCCAGAGGUGUAUACGAGCAUUGAAAACAGUGCAAGCGGAACAUGCACCUCCACAGCACUACACAUGGAGACGGAAUUGCUCGUCUGCAGUGAUGCCUCGCAUAACAUCACACUACACAAUCUUCCCCAGGGACAAAGACCCACGAUGGGAAGGUGUGGAGAUGGAGCGGUUUGCUGACGAGGCUGAUGUGGUGAUAGUGGGAGGGGGUCCCGCGGGGCUGUCGGCAGCCAUCCGGCUGAAGCAGCUGGCCAAAGAGCAGGAGAAGGAGCUGCGUGUGUGCCUGGUGGAGAAAGCGUCUCAGAUCGGAGCACACACCCUCUCCGGGGCCUGCCUGGAGCCCAGCGCCCUCAACGAACUCUUCCCAGACUGGAAGGAAAGAGGGGCACCCUUGAACACACCAGUGACCGAGGAUUUGUUUAGUAUUCUAACCGAGAAGUAUAGAAUCCCUGUCCCAAUGUUGCCAGGUCUGCCCAUGAACAACCAUGGGAACUACAUUGUGCGGCUGGGUCACUUUGUACAUUGGUUGGGAGAGCAAGCUGAGGAGCUGGGAGUGGAGAUAUACCCAGGCUACGCUGCUGCUGAGGUUUUGUUUCAUGAAGAUGGAAGUGUGAAAGGAAUUGCCACCAAUGACGUGGGCAUCGCUAAGGAUGGUUCGCCAAAGGAUGUGUUUGAGAGGGGGAUGGAGCUCCAUGCUAAAGUGACCCUGUUCGGAGAGGGCUGCCAUGGCCACUUGGCCAAGCAGCUCUACAGGCAGUUCAAACUCAGGGAGAACUGUGAACCACAGACCUACGCCAUUGGCCUGAAAGAGCUGUGGGUGAUUGAUGAGAAGAAGUGGAGGCCGGGCAGAGUGGAGCAUUCGGUGGGCUGGCCGUUGAACAGGAACACGUAUGGCGGCUCCUUCCUCUACCACCUGAACGAGGGCGAGCCACUGGUGGCCUUGGGCUUUGUGGUUGGUCUUGACUACACCAACCCCUACCUAAGCCCCUUCAGAGAGUUCCAGCGCUGGAAGCACCACCCCUUCGUUGCCAAGACCCUGGAGGGGGGUGACAGAAUCGCCUACGGAGCCAGGGCGCUCAACGAGGGAGGCUAUCAGUGCCUCCCUAAAGUGACAUUCCCUGGGGGGAUGCUUAUCGGAUGCAGUCCGGGCUUCAUGAAUGUACCAAAGAUCAAAGGCACCCACACGGCCAUGAAGAGCGGCAUGCUGGCCGCAGAGGCCAUCUUCCCCAAAGUCACAGCCGAAGACCCAGCAUCUGAAACGGCAGGACUUCACAUACCGGAGUAUGAGGACAAUUUGAAGAAGUCUUGGAUCUGGAAAGAGCUGUAUGCAGUGAGGAACAUCAGGCCGUCGUUCCACAACUACUUUGGACUGUACGGGGGCAUGGUCUACACUGGUGUCUUCUACUGGAUACUUAGAGGGAAGGAGCCAUGGACACUGAAACAUGCAGGCUUGGACUCAGCCCAACUGAAACCGGCUAAGGAGUGCACGCCCAUCGAGUACCCCAAGCCUGAUGGCAAGCUGAGCUUCGACCUGCUCUCUUCUGUGGCCCUGAGCGGUACCAACCACGAGGGGGACCAGCCCCCCCACCUCACCCUGAAGGACGACAGCAUCCCUGUGGCCAACAACCUGGCCAUUUACGAUGGGCCCGAGCAGCGCUUCUGUCCAGCAGGUGUAUAUGAGUACGUUCCCCUUGAGACUGGAGAAGGUAUGAGGUUGCAGAUCAACGCUCAAAACUGCGUCCACUGCAAGACCUGUGACAUCAAGGACCCCAGCCAGAACAUCAACUGGGUGGUGCCCGAAGGCAGUGGAGGACCAGCCUACAACGGAUUGUGAUUUUGAUUCUCUUCGUUGAGGUGGCUGCAAAAACACAUUUGGGGCUUGCAGAAUACUAUACUGUGUGCCUAGAUAUGAAAUGGAAUGUCACCAUAUUCUUUCAAUAUGGGAAUUGUAAAAUGGUUAUAAAACAAGAGGCUUUGGUUCAUGUAUGGUGUCCUGAAUAAUGCCCGUCAUAAGCAGAAAGCUGCAUUGACAUAACUUCAAAAUAGACUAACUUAACCCACUUAAAUGUAUUAGCUAUUGCAGGUACCAUUUGCAACAGCGUAUGAUCUGAGAGAUACUGUACAUAAUGUCAUUAGUGGGACAAAUGUAUGUUGGUGAAUAAAUAUUUGCCAUGC